GGAGGCUGCGCUCUCUCGACUCCCGGCCCGUUUCACACGCUCGCUCCAACUUGUUAAGCGGCAAAGAAUUAUGGGUCUUCCGCGAUUGUCAAGCCCCAUGAAUAUUCCAAACAAGCAUCCCGUUCCGUUUUCCAAGAGGGAUGUCAAUUUGAUUUCGUAUUAAUUCGCAUCGGUUCCGCUGAUGGCUUUAUGGUGUUAUGUAUAGAUUAAGAAUGCGAGGAGGUUAAUUCGUUGAUAUCUUUAGUGUUUUCUUUUUGAUCUAUUAACAGAAACUGAUAACAUGGAAAUGGUAUGAGAAUAGGCCCUCUCUGUCAUUUCAUUUCUUUUGAUUUAACACAGUUGUUUUUGAUGAUAUUUUUACACUUGAUUUUAUACGUAUGAAAACAAAGUAGUGAUUACAUAACAAGAAAAGAUUAGUACAGCCAAACCCACUAUUAGCAUUUUAAGGGAAGACAUUUAUCUUGAAGAAAUUACGAUACUGCUAAAUAGAUUAGUGCCCAAGAAAGCAGUCUCGAAGAAGGGAGAUUUUGAUUUUAACAAUAUACACACAGCCUGGAACACGAGGACAAAACAAUAUCAAGAAAAGAACAAAGGAUUCAUUUAACGAUGAAGGAGUCCUCACAGCUGGCUGCAUAAUGUCCAGUCUAUGAAAGUAAGGAUGAGGCUGAGCACGACGUCAGAGACCGAACUCCCUUCAAGAUGGUGACGAAGUGACCACCACUCACCGAAUGUCAUGAUAGGUGGCAGCGCAGGAGGUGUCGUCUGCAAGUGCCCUCGCCCUUGUAGAAUGACCUCAGAGCCCAGAGGCUACUGUCGCUGUUCCUUCUGCUGAUGCUCCCCGAACUAUCCAUCAUGGACGGAGAAAAUAGGAUCAUCCUCAACGUUGGAGGUAUACGGUUCGAAACAUAUAAGGCAACACUCAAGAAGAUCCCGGCCACCAGACUUUCGAGGUUGACGGAGGCUCUAGCCAACUAUGACCCUGUACUUAACGAAAACUUCUUCGACAGACAUCCAGGUGUCUUCGCUCAGAUCCUUAACUAUUACAGGACUGGAAAACUCCAUUAUCCAACUAACGUCUGUGGUCCGCUUUUUGAAGAAGAGCUGGAAUUCUGGGGUCUGGAUUCCAAUCAGGUAGAACCGUGUUGCUGGAUGACUUAUACCAUUCACAGAGAUACUCAGGCAACGUUGGCCAUACUGGACAAAUUGGAUGUCGACACGGAUGUCCCGUCAGAGGAGGAGAUAGCCAGAAAAUUCGGCUACGAGGAGGCCUACCUGAACGGACGAGUGAGCUGGUGGCAGAGGACUAGACCGAAGAUCUGGUCUCUCUUCGAUGAACCCUAUUCCUCGUGGAUGGCAAAGGUGAUUGCGAUGCUGUCCGUCUUCUUCAUCUUCGUGUCCAUCAUGUCCUUCUGCCUGAAGACUCACCCCAACAUGAGAGUUCCUGUCAUCGUCAACGUGACGGUCAAAGGAAUUUCGCCGAACGGGAGUAACGUCACGCACUGGUACCUCAAUAAGGACAGGACGGACCCCCACGACGCCUUUUUCUACGUGGAAGCCGCCUGCAACGCCUGGUUCACCUUCGAGAUCCUCAUCCGGUUCACGGUGACGCCCAUGAAACUCGAGUUCGUUAAGAACACCAUCAACAUCAUCGACUUCGUAGCCACUCUUAGCUUCUACAUGGAUAUCAUCCUCAAUCAGACUAAAUUUGCAGACGACAACACGGGCAAGUCGGCGGAGGUCAUUGAAUUUUUGAGCAUCAUCCGAAUCCUGAGACUGUUCAAGCUCACUCGCCACUCGGGAGGCCUGAAGAUACUCAUCCACACCUUCAAGGCGUCGGCGAAGGAACUCACACUUUUAGUAUUCUUCUUGGUGCUAGGAAUCGUCAUUUUCGCCUCCCUCGUCUACUACGCUGAGAGAUUGCAGGCGAAUCCCCACAACGAUUUCAAGAGCAUACCGGAAGGUCUGUGGUGGGCGAUAGUGACCAUGACCACGGUGGGGUACGGGGACAUGGUGCCCAGAACUUACGUGGGUAUGUUUGUUGGUGCUCUGUGCGCUAUCGCUGGCGUGCUUACGAUAUCUCUACCCGUGCCUGUCAUCGUGUCCAACUUCUCCAUGUUUUAUAGCCAUACGCAGGCCCGGUCGAAAUUGCCCAAAAAGCGACGAAGAGUCCUUCCUGUGGAGCAACCCCGUCGGGCUGCCCGUCAGCAGCGCCCCGACGGAGGGCUUAAUCGCCGAAUGAACGCCAUUAAACACCAUCACCAGACCAUGACGAAAGAUGGCAUUAUUCCUAAGGUAGCAGAAACGCUGAACGGUUACGGACAGGUGGGUGGCAUAAAGAACUUGAAUCUGUACGCUACAGGUCAGAGUGGCAUCACCAUCGCCAGGCCUUCCGCAGGAUACGAUGUCUAUCCUGCGUCUGCUCCUCCGCAGCAGCGCACUCUGCAGGCUCGUGAGCCUACAAGUUGUGAUUCCUACUACAGUAGCUCUCCCAUGCCCCUUCAUCCCCCAGCUCUGGAUCCUUUAGGCAAUAGUCUCCGUGGUGAUAAGGAUACCCUUCAGCUACUUCAGCAGCCGAGAUCUGCCACCUUCAGCUCUGGGAGCUACGUCUUCGGCAGGAGAAAGUCCUCCGGCUGCACACUGACGGGGAGGGGCGUGGUGUCCUUGAGCGAGUCCCUGGCUUCCCCGGGGGCGUACAUCGCCUCGACUCUGGGCAUAUUGUCCUUAUCGAGCUCUGAUCCGUCCGUAGCCAAUACGUCAAAGAAUAACGGGAAACAGGACACCCGGUCGUCACAGGACCUGCCUUACGCCACCCACCUGGUGCCGGAGAACGUCGUCAGCGGUCCCAGUUUAAUGGGAGACGCCUCCGAGACCCUCCUCGCCAACAACAACAUGAAGAACUACAAUAACAGCCGGAAGUACUCGCUGUCCCACGGGGGCGGCGUCGGCGGAGGCGGCGGCGGCGUCGGCGGGGACAACAGAGACGAGAUCAACCGGAACAGGCAUAACAACCCGUCGGAGGAAGGGACGAUUUCGUCCACUGUGCCUCCGAUUCGAAUCGAGACGGUGGACUCAGAAGAAGUGUCGCCCAUGUCACCUUUGGGCGACAACGACACCUGCAACAUACCUCAGCUGACCCUCAUGGUCCCAGAAACGGCGCCCCAGAAUCCAGGGUUACCGGAAGUAGACCAUCCCUGACUAUAAGCCGCCUGGAGGCUGCCUUGGGGGAACACUUUGAAUGCAGUCAGGAAAACGUCCUUAUUGCUCUAGUUAGAAGUUGUGUUCUGCCAGAAGUCUUCAGGUCAAAAUGACAGUUUCUCGUAGAGCAGUGGUUUCCAACCUUUUCUAAAUCUCGCCCCCAUUCAUUGAAUGGAACAUUCUCUGCGCCCCUCCCCCCUUCAUUAAACACUGAAAUUUACUGGCAUAGUCGGGACAUGAUAAUA